AUGGCCGGACCACCACAUCCACACGCCUAUAUGGGCUGGUGGGGUAAAUUAGGAUCUCCAAAGCAAAAGUACAUUACUCAAUAUACCAUUUCUCCAUAUGCUGCUAAACCAUUAAAGGGUGCUGCUUAUAAUGCUGUCUUCAAUGUGUUUAGAAGAACUAAGAACCAAUUCUUGUUUGUUGCCAUUCCAGCUGUCAUUGUAUGGAACAUCUGGGCCAAUGCUAGAGACUACAAUGAAUACUUGUAUACUAAGGAAGGUAGAGAAGAAUUGGAAAGAGUUAAUGUUUAA